AUGGCCAUCCGCCUACCAGCCCCUCGAAGGGGUAUUCGAUCCCUCUUGGUCCUCUUAACCCUCCUGCUCGUCCCAUACCUCCUACUCAAACACCUAUAUCAGAUAAAAAGAGAAGACGACUUACCACGUACGAAUUCGGACUUGCUGAGAAACAGAUUAGAAGGAAGGAGGGACGACUUGGUUUUGAACGAUGAUGAACAACAAGGAAAUCAAUUGCCUUUUGGACUAAAUAGGUUUUUUGAUGAUGAUGACGAUGACGAGGAGGAAGAAGGACCUAGUAGAAUGGGCAGGAGUAGAAACAGACCUAUAGACGACAAUGAUGAUGAGUCAAAAACGGGAAGGAAGAAAAGACCCAUGAAACCGAUAGCAGAACAUCGAUUCCUACCCAAUGGUCUACUCAUACCUAACGUUCACUCCCCUCAUCCUAUAUUCGAACUCAUUUCGAGAUCUAAGAAGAAUUGGCAAAAGAAGAUAGAUAAGCAGAGUAAGAGUUUAUCAGAAGCUGUUGAUGAGUAUAGAAGAAGGUAUGCUAGGAAUCCACCCAAAGGAUUUGAAAGAUGGUGGGCUUAUACGGAGAGGAAUGGAGUGGGGUUGAGAGAUGAAUAUGAUCAAAUUUAUCACGACCUGGAACCUUUCCAUGCCCUACCUCCAUCGAAGAUCCAAUCCUUACUCAAAGACUCAUCGGAAAUGUCAGGGAUGUACACCAUCUCCUGUCCUGGUAUACAAUCACAUAACAACAAGAAUGGAAAUAAUCACAAAUCAUCCUCAUCAUCGAAAUGCGUUUACAAAAUCGUCGAAACAGGUUUGAAUGAAGAAGGGAAAAGAGUAGCGAAGGAACGUGCGAAAGAGCAAUUGGGUUUGUUGGAGAGUAUAGAAGGAUUGUUAGAACCUGUCAAAGUUACGAUGUAUAGUCAUGAUGUUCCUUGGCAAUUCGUUGGACAUGAGUAUAAAGGAGCUCUGGAAGAUGCCUCUGCAGUAGGAGAAUUCUUCGAUCCGACUGAACAUGAGAUCGACACGGCACAUCUCGGUUGGGCAUCAGCUUGCGCACCUCACAAGCCCCUCCGACACGAUUACGAUCCGGAUAUCUUACCUGAUCUGGAUGGUUUGUGGAAUGGAGAUAAAAGUUUCGUAUGGGAUCAUAAAGCAACCAUGGACCCAUGCAUACAUCCCACUUUGACUCACCUCGUUGGUUUCUUAUCGGGACAUGGAAAAGGUCCCGCACCGAGUAAAGAGCUUUAUCCUGUUUUGGCAAUGUGUAAAACGACUUUGCACGCAGAUAUCUUAGGGGUUUCGAUGGAAGCUUGGACAGAAGACGUAGGUGAUGAUCCAGCUUGGGAAGAUAAGAAGGACGAUAGGAUGUUAUGGAGGGGUAAAACUACGGGUAUAUACUUUAGAGAUGAAGUGCCAUGGCAUAUAUCUCAACGAGUCAAUCUGGUCUCUCGCUCAGCCGAACCAAUAGGUCAUGUACCUGUAUUCGACGUCCCACCAUCUUACAACCCUAACAAACCCGUUGGCGAACCGCACAAUGUACCCCUCUCACAACUCAAUGCGGAAUUGAUGGAUGUCGCGUUUGUAGAUGAGGCUAUACAGUGUGAUCCAAAGGUGUGUAGGAGAGUUCAGGCGGGGUACAAAUUCGGAUCGAGGAUGGACUGGUCUCAGGGCAAUCAAUACAAAUAUCUUCUCGAUAUAGAUGGUAAUGGUUGGAGCGCCAGGUUCAAGAGAUUGAUGACUACCAAUUCUGUCGUAUUGAAAUCGACGAUCUUCCCCGAGUGGUAUACGGAUAGAAUACAGCCUUGGGUCCACUACAUCCCUAUCAAAGCUGAUCUCACCGAUUUAUACGAUGUCUUAUCAUUCUUCCGAGGAGGACAUGACGAUAUGGCCAAAGAGAUUGCUAUGGAAGGUAAAAAUUGGUCGAAAUCGUUUUGGAGGAAAGAGGAUAUGAUCGCUUAUCAGUUUAGGCUAUUCCUAGAAUAUGCUAGAUUGUUGGCUGAUGAUAGGGAAGAAGCUUCGUUCCACUUGAGAGGUGAUGAUCUAAGGAAAAGAGACGAGGAAUAUACAGAAUUUGAAGACGAUGUGGUCGUAGUGGAGGGCGAAGUGGACGAUCUAAUGGAUAAAGAAGAUACAUUGUCUGGAAUAUAA